GCCACAAAAUCAUGGCUCUUUGAGCUGGGAUCAAUAUUUUGUGGCUCGUUCCUGACACACGAACACAAUAUAUAUAUAUAUAUAUAUACGGCACACACGAAUAUACGUACGUAACUGUACGGAUUUAAUAGAAGAGGAAAUGAUUUGUGAUAAGGCUAUCAGAACUGAAAGAGAUUUAAUGCAUACAAAUAUUUAACAGGGACAACUUUUUGGGGUAGUUUGAUUUCAUUUUGUAACAGACCUCUGACAACUCAAUACUCAUUAUGAUUCAUUGUUGCUAUCAGACUUGUUAAAGUCUGUCAAAGGCAUCACUGUUGUGACAAAAGUCGCAGGUUUAAGAUUGCAGACCAACAAAAUGUCUGUAAGAAACGCUAAAAGUGCAAAGCAAUUAACAGUUAGUGGAGUCAGCGCCAAGAACAAGAGCAAACCGACAAGUGCCAGUAGUAGCCAAGAAGGACUAGCAAUGUCCAGUCUUCCUACUUCACCUACAGAACCCAGUGCUGUCGAACAGGUCAUGGAGAUUAACAGAAAACUGGUUGCUAAGAUUGAAACAUUGAGACUAAAGGUUGAAGUGGAUUCACGCCAUCAAGAAAAGACCAAAAAUGAUCUUCUGAAUGACAAAACGAUAGCUCUUCAGGCGCGAGAUUUAGAAAUUCAAAACCUAAAAAACGAUGUAAAAAAGAAAGAUAAAACAGUUAAGUUACUGGAAGCAGAGAACGCAAAGAAAGGUUCAGAGAUUCAACGGCUCCAGGAGCACUUGGAGGAGUUGAAAGACGAUGUGAAAAUGUCGGAACAGUUUGCCAAAGAAAUACAGAGUCAACUUGACCAGAUGAAGAAAGAGAAAAUGGGUCUAGAAAGUGGGACUCUCUACCAAGAAAAGGAAGAAAACAUCCGAGCUCUUCAAGAAGAGGUUGAUUCACUGAAAGAACAUUUGCAAACACUAGAUGAAGAGCUACUAAAAGCCAAAGACAAAAUUGUGCAUCAAGGAGCUAGGUUGAGAUUUUUAGAACUAGAUAAAAACAACACGCAAAUCAAGUUUAAAGAAGAGCUGGCCAAGGCGUCACGGACGAUGCGUGGGGAAAUAGAGAAGAUAAGAAGCGUCAUGCAUCAGCAGUAUCACGAGAUGCGUGAGCUGCGGGAACAAAACAAAGAAAUGUGUGAGAGCCUGCGUGAAAUUAAAGAGCUGCUGGUAGAGAACCAAAACACAGAUUCCGCCAGGGACCAACAAGAACGCCAGCGUAAAGCCAAAGUACUACCAGCACUAAACGUUGUACCCGUGAAGAAAAGAUAAACACAGAAAGAUGUAUAAAUAAACCCUAGAUCUUCUAGAAGUCAAGUAAGGUUUGUGAUGUAGAGUAAUAACUAAUAUGAUAGAGAAAUUCGGAAGGCAUAGUGGAUAUAUGUAGCGGAUGCUCUGUAGCUAGUUGUGAGGCCAUUUAGUUAGAAUUAUUUCUUACUGUAGAUAAGCUGUACGCCUGAGUGUACGGUGACUUAGUUCCAGAUACCUAAUUCCAAUCUUAUGUCUCAGAUGUAAACGUAUUUAAAAUGGCCCUUCCAUUUCACUGACCCUCGCCUAUACGUUUCACUAAUGUAAGGUACUACGGGCAUCAACACGUGAAAACAUCCUAUCAGGAUAAUGUUUAACUGUACAUAGCACUGUAAAUAAAUCAAAUAUACCAUCAUUAUUAUUUUUUUUUUGCAAAAAUAAAUAUAUAUACAUUUUUA